GGGUGGAGGUCCCUUGGGAUCAUCCUCUUGCCCGUUCCCGCCAGUCCCGUCUCCUCCUCUGCCCUCGGUAACUCCACUUCGACUCGCCAUCGCCACUAACAGCUUCUCGAGGACUCCAUCUAGCAAUUCCUGGUCGUUGGUGUCUUUCGAUUUAGUCCAUUUAUGUCACUGUCACUCGAAGCCACCAACACGCAUCGCCAUUGAUUUAGCAUUUUCGUUCUCGGCCGGUUGUGAGUCAUUGGCUCAUAAUCUCGUUGUGGUGUGCUCGGGUAUGUGAACCGCAUUACCCUUCGACGCCAACGUUCAGCUUCUCGCGUUUGGUACACCGAGAGAUACACGUGCAUGGCUGCAGAUUGCGAGGCUUCGGGGAUUGUUUAUGCUGAUAUUAGCCUAGACGAAGCAAAACGACACCGCAGGCGAGUCAACUUAGGGAACACAGGCAUUUUUAGCAAUCGACGCGUGGACGCGUCUCCCGUGUCAGGAGCAGUAGCUGACGACUCGGCAUCGCAUUCCAAUCCAAGAGAAAUCAUGGCCGUACGUCGUAUCAGUGAUAUUGCGCCGAACAUGCGACACGUCGGAGAGCGGCAGGCCCAAGAUUCGGAAGCACGCGCUUCGCCACUGAGGCGAGAAGCAAUAAUAGACUCCGAGUCCCACGCAGGCGCACCAGCUUCAGUGAGCAGCUCAAUAGCGGGGAUAAGGGAGGAACGUCGGGAAAGGCGUUUGAGGUCGAGAGGCAUUUCCUUGGUGACUGACGAAUUAGCCUCGGAAGCGGUGACCGCGGCGGCAGCAGCAGCGGCAGUGCGACCAGUCACGCCCAGGUCGGCCUCGCUGCCGAUUACGUCCGUUUCCGAAAAUCCUUUACCGUUGGUUUUGCUCAGGGCAUCAACGGCCCUCGUUUCUCCGUCAAGUGCCGCCGCUGGGCCGUCAGCUUCCAUCUUUGGACCGUCAACGGUCGUCGGUGGGCCGUCAACUGCCGCCGCUUCUCAAGGAAGCGCGGGAAAGGAGCGCCGCAAGUCGCGCGGCGGCUCGAUGCUGCUGGAUGAGAUGCUGCUGGAGAGCGGCCCUGUGCCAACCAAGGCAAAGCUCAACCGGGGGAGGUCGUACUCGAGGGGAGGACUACCCGCGGCUCUCGCGGCCGUAGCUGAUGAGGCGACUGCUGCUGCCGCAGCGGCUGCUGCGGCUGGUUGUGGUGGUGGUGGAGGUGGUGCUGAUGGUGGCUUGCGAGAGCCCCACCGCAAGCCCCUGCUUGGUCGCCAUCGCCCUCGUGCUGCCUCUAUGACUGCCACUGAAAUCGCCAAACUCGCUCUCGGAGACGCGGGUUCGAAUCCUGGCGAACGCGGUUCCACCCGCCACAGCAGCCCCCUCCGCAACGAUAGCCCUGCCCGCGUGCACCCGAGCAGCAACGUCCCUGCUCGAUUCGGUAUAAGCACUGGUGUGAAUCAGAGCAUUUGCGUGAAUAGAAGCGUUGGCGUGAAGCAAUCCGGUCCUGUUCGGUGUUUUAGCGCGGAUGGCGAAGGCCCCAUUGCUACCAACGGGUUUGAGAAUCAGAGCUGGGCUGCUCCAAGGGGUGGUGCUGCUGUCGUUCUUGGGAUUGAGCCUGCAAGAAAGGCCUGGGACGAGACUGGAGGUGAGGAGUUGGCGUGGCAGACGCAGCAGCAACAGCAGCAACUCCACCACCACCAGCAGCAGCACAGGCAACCUCACUCUGACCUGUAUCAGCCCUCUAAUCUCUACCGGCCUCGGGUGACUUCCGAGCACCGCCAUCAGCACCAAACUCCCUAUGAGCACCAAACGUCCUAUGAGCACCGAACGUCUCUUCAGCACCGGACGUCGCGCCAUGGGCAUGCUCGGUCUGCCUCCGGACCCAUCUCCUUCCUUGCCUCCCCCCCCUCCUCGCCCCCACGCCGCCCGGCUCCCACUAGCCGCCUUGCCCAAUCCGCCCUUUCUGCUGCUGCGCCAGUCGAUCACAGGCAGCAGCAGCACCACCAACUCCACCAGCAGCAGCAGCAGCAGCAGCAGCAGCAGCAACAUUAUGAUCCUCAUCAGCAGCAGCAGCAGCAGCAGCAGCAGCAGCUGGCCCCGUAUGGGCAAAGGAACGGAAUCAGAGGCGGAGAGGAGGAGUUAGCGAUUGGCAGAGAGCAGGGAAGCGGGGACGAGGGCGAGGGCGAGUGGGUGGACGGGGACGCCGAGUGGGAAGGGGAGACCCCCAAAACUCACCAGCCCCAAGUCCGCCACCUGCCGCUCCUGCAACACCGCCUCUUCCAGCAGCAGCAGCUGCACCACCCGCAGCACCACCAGCACCAGCAGAACCAGCAGCAGCAGCAGCACCAGCAGCACCAGCAGCAGCACCAGCAGCAGCACCAGCAGCAGCAGCUGCAGCAGCAGCAGCAGCAGCAGCACCACCACCACCACUCCCAGCGUGCACCAGUCCCCUUGCAUGCUCGGUCCCGCCGGACUGUGUCCGCCCUUCCGUCUGCCGUCCUGAGUAGCGACUUCUCCUGGGACGGUGGCCAAACGGCCGGCCUCUCUCGCCCCCGAAACUCCUCUGUGGAUUCCCCUUGUUCCGCCUCUCACCCUUACGCCCACUCUCACACCCACUCUCACUCCCACUCACAUCCUCACCCCCGCCCUCACUCUCACGCUCGUUCCGCCAGCUACCAAUUCCCGAUAAGCUGCCACCGAUUCCUCUCCUCGGAAAUCCAAAGCGGAGGCUACGCUGGCUCGUUUCGGUCGUCCCCUGCCAGCAGCUCAGGGGGCGACGACAGAGAGCAAGCGGCGGAAGAAGAGGCGGAAGAAGAGGCGGAAGAAGAGGAAUGGGGGGAUCGGGGGGAAGGGGGGAAGAGGGGGGAAGGACAGCAGGGUGCGGGGCAAAGUGAGUGCUUUGAGGAGUCGGAUUUGUACGAGGAUCAGGUGAUGAGUGAGGCGUGGAGAGGGGGGGAGGUGCGGGGAGCGGAGAGGGAGAUGGUGACUGCAGCAGCAGCUGCUGUUAAGGAACUGGGGCUGCCUGACUCAGCAGCGGAAACUGCCACGGAGGAUGAGUGGACAGGGCUGGAGCGAGGGGUGGGGAUCCGUGGGGAUGGGCGUGGGAGAGGUAGUGGUGUGGGGAUGGGAGGAGGGGAGAGGGGAAGGCUGCAAAGGGAUGUGGUGUAUGGGAAUGGGGGGGUGAGGGGGGAGGGGAGCUUAGGCGGGAAGAGGAUGAGGGCUGAGGUGAGUGAUGAGCUGAUGAAGAGACUCAUGUUCGAUGGUGUGGGCUUGGUGGGAGACGACGGAGCGGAGGCGAGACAGCAGCAGCAGCCGUGUUCUGAGGCGCCUCCUCCGAAGGUAACGGGUGAUCUGACCAAGGGACUGAUGUUUGCUGGCGAGGGCAUGGAGGGGGGUGCUAAGGAGGCGUUGGCAGGGCAGCAGCCUUGCUUUGAGACGCCCCAGAAGGAGGUGCGUCUGCAAGUUACGGACGAGCUCCUGAAGCUACUGAUGUCUGAUGAUGAUGAUGAUGAUGAUGAUGAUGAUGAUGAUGGGCGUGUGGAGCGAGGCGAUGGAGGGAAGGCGAGCAGACAGCCGCCAUGGCUUGAGGCGCGCCCAAAGGCUGCGGAUGAGCUGCUGCAGCUGCUGACGUCUGACGAUGAUGAGCGCGUGGAGGGGAGUGCCGGGGAGGGGCGGCUGCAACUGAUGCAGCCACUGCGAAUACAGCAGAUGCCGCAGCAGCAGCAGCAGCAGCAGCAGCAGCAGCAGCAGCAGCAGCAGCAGGGUAAGCGGGCACCUCCUGAGGAGCUCUUUCAGGAAGGCCAAGACUCUUCCACACGAACCAGUGUGCCACGUGCAGCGAAGGCUGGCCAUGCAGGAGGGCUAAACACUGGCCAUGUCCGAAGCCUACGGCCGGGUCACGUGCGUGGCUUGAGCGAAGCAAGUGGUCUUCUGGAAGGCAAGGGAGAGUGGAGGAGCGAGGAGGAUGAAGGAGAGUACACAGAGUGGGACCAAGGGAGCGAGUACGAGGGUGGGGCAGGUCGAGAAGCGCGGGGAAGGGGUGUGGAGGCAAGCGGAAUCAGCAACAGAGGGCCCAGGCCCUUGACUCCUGGGAACCGAUGGGAUGGUGAGGAGUCUAUUUUUAAGGCGCCUCAAAAAUGGGAUGGUGAGGAGAAGCAGGGGAGGAGAGGAGAGGGCGACAACAGAGGAGGCAGGGCUUUGACCCCUGGGAACAGAUGGGAUGCAGCGGAGAGGCAGGAGCGGCAGGGGAAGGGUUUUGAGACGCCUCAAAACUGGAAGGGAGAGGAUGGAAUAGAAAGUGGCAGAGCCAGACCCUUGACCCCUGGAAACCGAGUGGAGGCAGAGGAGCGGCAGGAGCGGCUGGGGAAGAGAGGAGAAGGAAGCAAGGGUAAGAAUAGAAGGGAGACUGGGGAAGAGAUCGAGGGCAAGAGCCGUGGGGAGAGGGGAGAAGGCAGCAAGAGUAAGAGCCGGCGCACUCAAAGCCUGGGAGGGUCUCUGGAUAGUGGAAGUAUGGGAAUGGAGGGUGUGUGGAACGACAGGUGUGGGCAGGAGGACAGGAAAGGGCGACGAGAAGAGGAGAAGGGGAAGGGAAAGCGGAAGCCGGAUGCAAAGGAAGUGGGAGCGGCGUGGGAUGCAGUGGGUACGAUCAUGAGGGGAGAGCGGGAGGGAGGGGGUAGGAAAGCAGUGGGGAGAGAGGAGAGGAGAGGGAGGCAGGAGAGAGAGGAAGUGAGAGGGGAGCCGGGGCAGCAGCAGCAGCAGCAGCAGCAGGAGGAGGAGGAGGAGCAGCAGCAGCAGCAGCAGCAGGAGGAGGAGGAGGAGGAGGAGCAACCGCCGCCAGAACCACAGCCCAAGUCCCACAUCACUCGCCUCCCCUCGGCCUCCCUGCAGGCCUUUCACCAGGAGACAGGCACUCCCCUCCCCCUCGUCUCCGAGGUGCCUCUCGAGUCAACGCCUAGGUCCCGCCUCACCCGCCGUUCCUCCGCCUCCCUGCAGGCCUUUCACCUGGAAACAGGCACGCCCCUCCCUCUCGCCUCCGUCGUCAUCCCCCCCGACAUUGCUGAUUUUUUCGACUCUGACCCGGCGGCAACCCUUGACAGGGCAGGCGAAAAGCUUUCAUCUAAACAUGGGGGCGCAUGGGAGGGAAAGACUGAGGAGCGGAAGCAUGACGGGGGUUGGCAAAACCCACCUGGCCCGACUGUUGAGUCGCCUCGAAAGACGCGUGGUGAUGGGGAUAGUGCCGAUAGGCGAGGACAAGAAUGGAGCAAAAGCGCCACCUGUCCCGUCCCUCCUGCUUCCGGCCCUCCUCACGGUGGCGAAGAUUCACUCUCAGCAGCUCUUGUUCCUGCUGUUCGAGCUUGUACCACACCUGGAGCAGCUACUAGCGGGACAGCAGGUGAGGAAUCUGCCACAAGCCGCUUCAAAAGAGGACAGCCGAGGGAAAGCGGCGCAUGUGAUACGCCUAAGAAGAAAGCAGCAGCAGCAGCAGCAGCAGCAGCGCAAGGGGGCGAGCUUGCGAGCUGCGUGACGGUGAAGGAACGGGCGAUGAGAAGGGGACCUCUGGCUGGAGCGCUGGAGGAGCUUCAGCUUGGGGAUGGGACUCUUGAGGUUGGCCUUGGGGGAGAAGCCAGUGAGGCGGCUGGGACUGUUCCCACCUUGAGCCCUGCGAAAUCUGCCUCUGGAGAUAGUGGGAUUGGCGCCAGUGGGGUGUUUGGGAAAGGUGGGUUUGGGAAGGGCGGAUUUGGGAAAGGUGGGUUCGGGGUGGUUGGGUUUGGGAAAGCUGCCACAGUGCAGGAUAGGCGACGGAGGCCAGACAGCGAUGGCACUGGCACUGGUGCUGGUGGUGGUGAUGGUGGUGGCAGCAAGCAGGGGGUGAGGGAUGGGAAGGCGCAGGGCAAGGCGAGGGCAUGGGGAAGGAUGGCGAGCGUUCAAGUGCUUGGGAGGAAGUACAAUGGAGGGAGACAUGAAGGAGUGGGCAGGAAGGAGCGUGAGGCAAGCACUGACCCCGUUGACCCUGUUGACUGCGUUGACCCAGCUCAUCCUGUGGACCAAGCUGAGUGCGUUGACCAAGAAGGCCCCGUUGACUCUGUUGAGCCCGCCGUCCCUGUUGUCCCCGUUGACCCCGUUGACCAUGAAUAUUUUGCCAAACGGAAGCAGGAGCUGUAUGGAAAGUCAAAGAGCCAGCCAGGCAUACGGCCGAAGGCGGCCGACCCAAACUUGCACACUGCCGCCGCCGCUGCUGCUGCUGCUGCAGAGCCGUCCUCUGCCGCGUCUCUCUUCAAGAAAAUGGUCACUGCCAAGGGGCUCAAGCGCGCUGCUGGGAUCAGCAGCAGCAGCAGCAGCGGCAUCAGCGGCACCAGCAGCAGCGGCAGCGGCAGCGAUAUGAGCGGGAGCGGCACCAGCAGCAGCAUCAGCAGCAACGUCGGCAGCAGCAGCAUCAGGCGCAGUAUGAGCAGCAUUCCUAGCCGACUUGACGGCGACAUGAAAGGCAAAAGCAAGGACUUUGUGAAGGAUGAACUGGACCUUAUAAUAGGGGAGUUCCUUUCCAGGCCUAAGACUGCAUCCAAGCCCAGUGCGAAAGACCCCCAGGGGUCUAAGACCAGCAAGGACGUGAGGGCAGAAGCCGGGGGGAGGGAUAGCAGGAGAGGGAAGGAGGAGAAGAAGGGUGGAGGAAUGGCCAGUGUGAUUCGAAAAGAGGCCCUGAUGGGUAUCUUUCCGCGAGUAGGGUCAAAUGACAGUAAAGGGGAUGGGUAUGUGGAGGACGGGGAGGAAAAGGGCAGAGCCGAGAAAGGGCUGUUCCCUAGAUCGGGCUCGAAUGACUCUAGUGCCGGGUCUACUGGCUCAGGAAUGGGCGGGUCGGAAGGUUCUCAGAAGGAGACCACGGCAGGGUUGUCUCUGUUUGGCAAGAUGGCAACUGGUAGACUGGUUAGAGCUAAAAAGCACCCUGACAAGCACUCUGAGAAACAAUCUCCUCAGCAUGGAUCUUCCCCUCACCAGCAGCACGAGACACAGCCACAGCAGGAGCAGAGGGACCACCGGCAUCAGGAGGAGCAGGAGCAGCAGGACCAGGAGCAGCAGCAGCAGCAGAAGAAGAAGCAGGAAGAAGGGGGCGUGUGCGAUGGUGCAGCUGGUGGGGGAGGAGGGGAAGGGGAAAAGAAGGGAAAGCAGAGAAAGAAGAAUAAGAAGGGGUUUCUCAAGGUCCCUGGCUCCCCUGUCAACCAUGUGCUCUCACUCGUCCUCAAGGGCCCCCUGGCUUUGCACAAGGGCAGAGCAGGCUCGGGGGAGGGAGACACUGCUGGUGAAAGGGAUGGGGGGGAGGACGGAGACGAGGCUGCAGGACAAGCCUCCAGCAGUAAUAGCAACAGUAACAGUCAGAACUACACUAACUCUGGUGCUGAUUUUGACACGUGGGAUAUACUGAUGGUGGGACCGGAUGGGAGGGAUCCUCUUAGUGAGGAUGAGGAUGAGUGGGAGGGGAUGGAGGAAGAGGAGGCGGAUAAGGUUUGUCCUCUGAGUGAGCCGAGCCAGUGGCUUCAGCACCACCAAAUGCGGCAUUGACAGCACCAAUUGUAGUAGAACCUUCAUUUGGAGACUUUGAUUGCGAACCCAGCAUUCUUAUUGUUGAGGUGUACUAGACUAGCUUUUCAUUUAUUUUGUUAUGAGAUGUUAUGCUCCUUUUAUUUUGCAAUGCUCCUGCUUAUCAUAUGAGCA